UGCAAGAAACUGAACACAAAGAUGGUAGCAACGAAGAGAAAACUAAAGCAAAAUGCAGCAGAACCAGUGUCAAAGAAGCUUGAAMAACCAGCACAAAUCAAAGAACGAUCAACACAAUCACACUCAGAUACAGAAGAGAAAACCCCAAAAGGAUGGUGCUCGGGGUCUUUGAAGUACAUUAUUUUAAUGUUAUUUGUACCUGGAUUUCUGAAUCAUGCUGCGUUAUAUCGUGAAGCAAGAGGCCUCAAACCUCCAGGUGAGUUAUACGACAUCGGCAAAGGACAGAAGUUAUUUAUGGGUUGCAUGGGAACAGGAAAACCUACUGUAAUACUCGAUGCGCCGACAGGCAUGGCUUCAGAUGCCUGGACCCUCAUUGGUCCUGCACUUUCCAAAAUCACUCAUGUCUGUGUKUAUGACAGGGCUGGUCUUGGAUUUAGUGAUCGUCCAUUUGUCAAUAGAACAGAGGCAAAAACUAGAAAUCGUGGAAUGCUUUCAACUACAGAAAGAAUGGUAGAUGACUUCCACAGAUUGUUUACUGGCUCAAGCAGUCARCCUAAGCCAUUUAUUUUAGUUGGUGCAGAGAUUGGUGCUGUCAAUACUAGGUUUUAUACACAAUUAUUUGAAGAUGAUGUAGCAGGACUCGUACUUAUAAACCCUUUGAUUGAACAAAUGUUUAGCAAUCAUGGCGAAUUAUGGACUAAUACAUGGCUCAAUACUCAUAUAUCAUCUUUACAAGUUCUGCAGUUUUGUGCAGCGACUGGUCUUUCAAGGUUGGGGUUUAUUUUUGGCCUUUUGAAACCACCAGUUGAUGAUAAACUUGUAUCUGAAAUUGUUGCUGCCAGACAAAAAUAUCUAAUGUGUAAACCUGGACAUUUGAGCUCCGCAGUGGACGAGUAUUAUUUUGCCAAUGAAAGUCUUUCACAGAUGAGGACUUUAUCAAAGUUUAAGAGAUUCAACCCUGGAAAUAUUGGAAUAACUGUUCUUACCAGCAAAACAUACAGUGAAAAGUCUAAUGACCCCUUAAACAAGGAUUGGCAAUCAGUGAAACAUCAAGUAGAGGCAUUCUUCAGCCCUGGAAUUGAAACCAUUCAGCUGUUGGGCAGUGCAGAUACAGCUCUGAUAAAGAACUCCAAGACAAUAAUUAAUGUCAUUGCAAGGCAUAUAUACAAGUGGAGAAAAUCAAAUUCAAACAACAAGGUCAAGGCUGUUAACAUGUGAUAUGCCAAAGAAUUAAUUUAGAAGCACAGUUUCUYAUUGUCCCUCAAGACCUAUACUUUUUGGUGGGAUUCCUGACCUUGCAAAAGCCAUCCUGCUGUCAUCAAGACAUACUAAUAUAUGAUAUGUCUGUAAGAAAUUGUAUUAAAAAUUGAUAUUAUAGAAUUA